CCCCUCUAUCCUCUGCACAGGAAGUGGGCUGGCUCUGGGCUUUUAGUUUUUGUGGCCCCAGCAGCCGCAGCCGUCUCCUGGGCCAGAGCUGAGCAGGGCCCUGGAGAGAUGGCCACGGUCCCAGCAGCGGGGAGGACUAGAGAGCGCGCGCUGCCACCGCCCCAUGCCUCAGCCAGGGCUUCCUUCCUCGGCUCCACCCUGUGGAUGUAAUGGCGACCCUUGCUCUGUCCUGGUGUCUGCCCCUCCUCAUCCUCCUCCUGCCCCUGGCUACCUCUUCGGCAUCUGCAGCGGUGAACGCAGGCACUUCCCGGUUCACAUGCUUCUACAACUCGAGAGCCAACAUCUCCUGUGUCUGGAGCCAAGAUGGGGCUCUGCAGGACACUUCCUGCCAAGUCCACGCCUGGCCGGACAGACGGCGGUGGAACCAAACCUGUGAGCUGCUCCCUGUGAGUCAAGCAUCCUGGGCCUGCAACCUGAUCCUCGGAACCCCAGAUUCUCAGAAACUGACCGCAGUGGACAUCGUCACCCUGAGGGUGAUGUGCCGUGAAGGGGUGCGAUGGAGGAUGAUGGCCAUCCAGGACUUCAAACCCUUUGAGAACCUUCGCCUGAUGGCCCCCAUCUCCCUCCAAGUCGUCCACGUGGAGACCCACAGAUGCAACAUAAGCUGGAAAAUCUCCCAAGCCUCCCACUACUUUGAAAGACACCUGGAGUUUGAGGCCCGGACGCUGUCCCCAGGCCACACCUGGGAGGAGGCCCCCCUGAUGACCCUCAAGCAGAAGCAGGAAUGGAUCUGCCUGGAGACGCUCACCCCAGACACCCAGUAUGAGUUUCAGGUGCGGGUCAAGCCUCUGCAAGGCGAGUUCACGACCUGGAGCCCCUGGAGCCAGCCCCUGGCCUUCAGGACAAAGCCUGCAGCCCUUGGGAAGGACACCAUUCCGUGGCUCGGCCACCUCCUCGUGGGCCUCAGCGGGGCCUUUGGCUUCAUCAUCUUAGUGUACUUGCUGAUCAACUGCAGGAACACCGGGCCAUGGCUGAAGAAGGUCCUGAAGUGUCACACCCCAGACCCUUCGAAGUUCUUUUCCCAGCUGACCUCAGAGCAUGGAGGAGAUGUCCAGAAGUGGCUCUCCUCGCCCUUCCCCUCAUCGUCCUUCAGCCCUGGCGGCCUGGCGCCUGAGAUCUCACCACUGGAAGUGCUGGAGAGGGACAAGGUGACACAGCUGCUCCUGCAGCAGGACAAGGUGCCUGAGCCCUCAUCCUUAAGCAGCAACCGCUCACUGACCAGCUGCUUCACCAACCAGGGUUACUUCUUCUUCCACCUCCCGGAUGCCUUGGAGAUAGAGGCCUGCCAGGUGUGCUUUACUUAUGAUCCCUGCGCAGAGGAAGAGCCUGAUGAGGGUGGGGCCGACGCGCCCACAGGGUCUUCCCCCCAACCCCUGCGGCCUCUGUCAGCGGAGGACGAUGCCUACUGCACCUUCCCCUCCGGGGAUGACCUGCUGCUCUUCUCCCCAAGUCUCCUUGGUGGCCCCAGCCCCCCAAGCACUGCCCCUGGGGGCAGCGGGGCUGGUGAAGAGAGGCUACCCCCUUCCCUGCAGGAGAGAGUCCCCAGAGACUGGGACCCCCAGCCCCUGGGGCCUCCCACCCCAGGAGUCCCAGACCUGGUGGAUUUUCAGCCACGCCCUGAGCUGGUGCUGCGAGAGGCUGGAGAGCAGGUCCCUGAUCCUGGCCCCAGGGAGCCGUUCAGUUUCCCCUGGGCGAGGCCUCCUGGGCAGGGGGAGGUCAGGGCCCUUAAUGCUCGCCUGCCCCUGAACACUGAUGCUUACUUGUCCCUCCAAGAACUCCAGGAUCAGGACCCAACUCACUUGGUGUAGACAGAUGGCCGGGGAGGCAGGCAGCUGCCUGCUCUGUGCCCAGCCUGAGGAGGACCCUGUCGAGGGUACUUAGUGCACUGAUGAGGACACUCAGUGUCCAGUUGCCGCUGGAUGUCUCCACCCAGAUGGCCCCCACCCAGUCCUGCACACUUGGCCCAUCCAUUUCCAAACCUCCAUUGCUGCUCCCUGGUCCUGCUGCCCGAGCCAGGAACUGUGUGUGUUGCAGGGGGGCGGUCACUCCCCAACUCCCUCUUUAAUCACAGAGUCCCACGAGUUUAGGCUCUGAAGCAUCACUCCUCUCCAGCCCUGCAGCUGUUCACCAGUAUCAGUCCUCGAGGCUCUCCAGGGCUCCUUGCCCUGACCUCCUCCCUGGGUUUUCGGCCCCAGCCUCCUCCCCUCCCCUCCACCUCCACAGGGCAGCCUGAAUGUGCUUUCCAAAACCCAAAUAUGGCCAUGCUCCUCCUCGGUUCAAAACCUUGCACGGGCCGCACUGCCCUCAGCCCCAUUUCUCAGCCCCAUUUCUCAGGCUAUUCCCUGGGCCUGCUGUGCUCUCCCCCUUAUCUGGGUGACAAACUUCCCUGACCCCUCAAAUGCCGGUUUUGCUUCCCCUGGAGGGAAGCACUGCCUCCCUUAAUCUGCCAGAAACUUCUAGCAUCAGUGCUGGAGGGAGAAGCUGUCAGCGACCCAGGGCGCCUGGAGAAAGAGGCCCUGUUACUCUUCCCUUAGGAUCUCUGAGACCUCAGAGUGCUUGGCUGCUGCAUCCUUAAUGCUGGGGCCCAAGUAUGGGCACAGAUGCCCCCACAAAGUGGACGCCUGCUGUAUCUUCCCACAGUGGCUUCACAGACCCACAAGAGAAGCUGCUGGAGAGUAAACCCUGGAGUCUGAGGCCCGGGCAGCAGUCCCCUCCUAGUAGUGGGCCCUGAUGCUGCCAGGCCUGGGACCUCCCACUCCCCCUCCACCGGAGAGUCUCCUCUGCAGCUCAGGGACUGGCACACUGGCCUUCAGAAGGACAGCUUCACAGGGCAGGGCCUCAUCAUCUUUUCACUGCCCCAGACACAGUGCCCAGUGCCCCAUGGUAUACCCUGGGUGAAUGAAUUAAUUACCUGGCACCACCUCGUCUGGGCUCCCUGCACAUGACAUUCACACAGAGAGGCAGAGUCCCGUGCCCGUUAGGUCUGGCAUGCCCCCUACUGCAAGGGGCUCACCCUCCACCUUGCAGUCCUCCCCCUCUCACACAACUGGCCCCUUCCUUCUCGUGCCCCCCACCACGACCCCUCCACUUAUCUUUCCUCUGCCUCAGGCAGAUAACAUUGCAAUGGCUCAGACAACCUUCUAUCCCAGCAGGACAGUGACCCACUCCCAGCUAACUCUGACCUGGCAGCCCUCAAGCACCUGCACUUAUAGGCCCUGCUCACAACUGAUUGGGCACCUGACUACACGCCCCUACAGGCUGACCAGCAGCCUAUAAGGGGGCUUGGCACCAAGCUCUGUCCAAUCAGGUAGCCCCGGCCUGAACUAGCCAAUCAGAUCAUCUCUGUCUCGGGCGUUUGAACUCAGGGAGGGAGGCCUGUGGGUGCAGGUGCUUGUGAACGAGGAUCCCUGGAAAAGGUAGACAAGCGUUGAGCCACUAAGCAGAGGACCUUGGGCUCCCAAUACAAAAAUACUUACUGCCGAGAGGGCUGCCGACCAUUUGGUCAGGAUUCCUGUUGCCUUUAUAUCCAAAAUAAACUCCCUUUUCUUGGGGUUG